AUGCAGGGGGGUGCAGUUAGAAGCGUCUGCCUUCUUGCCUGCCUGUUAUCUUCAGGAGUCACUGGGUACGGGUAUGGUCCAAUAUAUUCCCCACUAAGAUAUGGAUCAAGUCAAGCAAACGCCGAAGCGCAAGCUUUGGCAAAUUCAGGAGUAAAUUCUUAUUUACCGGGACUGUAUGGAAAACGGCCAGUAUACCCCUUUUUGGGGUAUGGUUCCGCAGCAGCAGAAGCCCAGGCUCAGGCACUAGCAAAUGCCGGCUCUAGGCGGUUUGGAGGUUAUCCAAAUGUUGGAUCAAACGCACAAGCUGAAGCAGAAGCUAUAGCCCAAGCUAAUGGUGUGGGUAAUGGUUGGAGUUCUGCUGAAGCUAAUGCUUUAGCUCAAUCACUUGGGGCGGGUCUUGGGCAGGCACAAUCCCUGGCGCAGGCACAAGCGAUGUCAAGCCCAACACAGACAAUAUCUCAAGCACGAGGAGAAGGAUCAGCAACAGCCAUUUCAAAUGGUCAAGGUGUUUCAAAAGCGCAAGCUGUGUCAAAUUCAGGAGCAAAUUCCCAUUUACCGGGACUUUAUGGAUCACGGCUACACCCUGGCUAUGGCUCCUCAAUAGCACAAGCUGAGGCCGAGGCUAAUGCAUAUUCAAAUGUUGGCAGCGGCUCUCCAUGGUACAAUAAUCCCAGUUUAGCAUCAAGUAAUGCUCAGGCCAAGGCUUUAGCGAAUGCUAUUGGAGCUGGACGUAAUUUGGGUUAUUGGCCAACUAAUGUAGGUUAUCCAAAUGUCGGAUCAAUUGCACAAGCUGAAGCAGAAGCUUUAGCCCAAACUCAGAAUGGUGUAGGUAAUGCUUGGAGUUCUGCUGAAGCUAAUGCCUUAGCCCAUUCUCUUGGGGCGGGUCUUGGACAGGCACAAUCACUGGCGCAGGCGCAAUCACUAGCGCAGGCACAAACACUAGCAGGGCUAUCUCAGUCACUAGCCCAAGCACAAGCUGAUGCAUCAUCAACAGCAUUAGGAAACGCUCAAAGUGCUGCAAAUGCGCAAGCUCUAGCAAAUUCAGUAGCAAAUUCCUAUUUGCCGGGACUUUACGGACCACGGCUAGUGCCCUGGCACCCCACUUCUGGCUAUGGCUCCUCAAUAGCACAGGCGAAUGCCGAGGCUAUUGCGAACUCAAAUGUUGGCAGCGGCUCUCCGUGGUAUUAUAAUCCCAGUUUAGCAUCAAGUAAUGCUCAGGCCAAGGCUUUGGCGAAUGCUAUCGGGGGUGGUCACAAUUUAGGUUAUUGGCCAACAAAUGUCGGAUCAGUCGCACAAGCUGAAGCGGAAGCUUUAGCCCAAGCGCAGAAUGGUAUAGGUAAUGCUUGGAGUUCUGCUGAAGCUAAUGCCUUAGCUCAAUCUCUUGGGGCGGGUCUCGGACAGGCACAAUCACAGGCGCAAGCACGAGCGGACGCAUUAUCAUCAGUAUUUGGAAUUGGUCAAGGUGUUGGAAAUGCACAAAGUUCCGCGUUGGCCCAUGCCUUGGCAGAUGCUAGGGGCAGGGUGAUACCGCAACACGAGUAUAUAAUGCCUCAUAGUAUGCCAGGUGGUGAAAAUGUUAUAAUGUGUACAAGAGAAGGAGAGUUACAUAACUUCUGGACCCCUGUCUUUGAUUGCCUCGUAUGCGCCUGUGUCAACCAGCAUGGUUACAUAAGACCUGUCUGCGUCAGCUGUUCUGGAUGUAUGGACCGUGUAUCAGUGCCAGUAUCAGUGCCUAGAGUGCCACAUGUCAACCCAAUACAAGCCAGCCCACUGCCAGGACCGCGUCCACAUAAUUCGUGCCGACCGCAUGUACCAAAUGUACCCUUCGCUCAUCCAUGGGAUGGGUGCCAGGAGUGCGUCUGUACAGAAGUUUACGCCGCAGGUGUUAUCAAUAUCGAAGUUAACUGCUAUACCAGGGCAGAAUGCUGUUCAUUAAAUCCACGCUCAGUGCUAGUACCAGGUGCUGUUCCAUGGACCACUGGAGGUGCAAUUAGCAACGCGGAUGCACGUGCUAAUGCUCAAUCAAAUGUACUAAAUCCCUUCUCUCCUAUUUAUGGAGGUUCUCAAUCCCUGGCUGAGGCACAGGCAAUCGCAAAUAGUAAUGUGCUUGGGUUGGGAUCUCUAUCAGGCUUAGCUGAAGCAGAAUCAAUAGCUAAAGCUAAUGCUUUCGGUAAUUCUGUAAGUCCAUUAGGUAUCCACCCGUACUCUAAUAUUGCAAAUGCACAAGCAGAAGCAGUCGCCAAUGCGAAUUCGGGAAUCAUGCCCGGCUACGGACUUGGACCUGUUUCCGGAUCAAGCGCGUCGGCAUUAGCUGAAGCAGAAGCCAUAAGCAGAGGAAAUUCUGGCGUGAACAUGCUACUUAAUCCAUUAUAUCCUAAUAUCCGACCAGUAUACCAACCCGGCUACUCAAUGGGAUCAGCUGAGGCGAGGGCCUUAGCAAAUGCUAUGUCUGGUAAUAAUGCAAUGGGAUCAGCUGAGGCGCAAGCCUUAGCAAAUGCUGUUUCUGGCGCUAAUCAGAUAUAUCCAAAUAUUCUAGGUGGAUAUAUGCCCGGUUCAUCUGCAUCAGCAUUAGCAGAAGCAGAAGCUAUUGCUAGAGGAAAUACCGGAUAUUACCCAAUUUCACCUGUAAUGCCGGUAAACUCUAAUUUAGCAGAAGCAGUAGCAGAAGCAGCUGCCAAUGCAAAUUCGGGAAUCAUGCCCGGCUACGGACUUGGACCUGUUUCCGGAUCGAGCGCGUCGGCAUUAGCUGAAGCAGAAGCUAUAAGCAGAGGAAAUUCUGGCGUGAACAUGCUACUUAAUCCAUUAUAUCCUAAUAUCCGACCAGUUUACCAACCCGGCUACUCAAUGGGAUCAGCUGAGGCGCAAGCCUUAGCUAAUGCUGUUUCUGGCGCUAAUCAGAUAUAUCCAAAUAUUCUAGGUGGACUUAUGCCUGGUUCAUCUGCAUCAGCAUUAGCAGAAGCAGAAGCUAUUGCUAGAGGAAAUACCGGAUAUUACCCAAUUUCACCUGUAAUGCCGGUAAACUCUAAUUUGGCAGAAGCAGUAGCAGAAGCAGCCGCCAAUGCGAAUUCGGGAAUCAUGCCCGGCUACGGACUUGGACCUAUUUCCGGAUCGAGCGCGUCGGCAUUAGCUGAAGCAGAAGCUAUAAGCAGAGGAAAUUCUGGCGUAAACAUGCUACUUAAUCCAUUAUAUCCUAAUAUCCGACCAGUAUACCAACCCGGCUAUUCAAUGGGAUCAGCUGAGGCGAGGGCCUUAGCAAAUGCUAUGUCUGCCAAUAAUGCAAUGGCAUCAGCUGAGGCGCAAGCCUUAGCAAAUGCUAUUUCCGCCAAUAACAUGUAUCCCAACAUUCUAAGUGGAUAUAUGCCCGGUUCAUCUGCAUCAGCAUUAGCAGAAGCAGAAGCUAUUGCUAGAGGAAAUACCGGAUACUACCCUGGAAUUAUGCGCCACCCAGGAUCUUCAGCAUCUGCUGAAGCUGAAGCUAUUGCCAAUUCAAAUUCAGGCUUGUAUCCUGGAGGCCUAAUGCCUUGGUCACCAUUAUCUCAAUCCGCAGCAGAAGCACAAGCGAUCGCAAACGCAGUUGGAAAUAAUUACGGCAAUGCGCAAAGCUUAGCUCAAGCCCAAGCCCAAGCUGAUGCAAUGUCAGGAGGACCUUUAAUAAAAGCCGCUCAUUAUGAAGAAGAAGAUGGGAUUGAAGACCUAUUACAUUAA